AUACCUCUUGCUCACAGCUGUGUACUAGAGCGUGUUGUGUGAUGUAAAGUGAGAACAUAUUUAUUUUCUACGGUUUCAAAAUAAAGUGCUGUGAGGUGAUAUUGACCACGAUCGCAAUUAUUCGGAGUAGUAUCCAUCAAACAGGCUUCCAGCGACUGCGACUCCCCCCACUAGCAGCGUGGAACGAUGCUCCACGAGGAGGUCGAACUGGACGAUAGCCACCUCUGCAAUAGAUGUGGCCGCACAGUGGUGGGCCUGGAAACGUACAUCAAGCACAGAAAGGUAAGCUGUGUGCAGUCGAAACCACCAACGGCGACGAUUACCAGCUCGGGACCCAGUCCCCGGAUCGGUUCCGAGCAAGGAUACACAUCGUUCGAUUUCAGCGAGGGAAUGAAAGAUGCAGAUCAACACAAGAAAUUACCAAACUACAGCUUCAAUUAUGAGCUGGAACCCCAUCACGUGCAGCGGUCCGACAGUAAAACUGACUAUAAAAAUGAUGUUAACUAUGAUUACGAGUUGGGGGCGGAUCUGUUUUUCUCCUCACUGGAGCUUCAGAGCAGUUCUAAGAAAACGAAUCCCAAUCAUCCCAGUGCCACUAAGAUCGCUGCUCCCGUGCGGCAUAGGACACGUAAGGUGACAACUUCUUUAUCGAAUACUGAGCCGGAGCAUGAGCAGGAUCACGAGGAUGAUUGGAUUGCUCCUCAACAUGACUCGGAUAAGCUCAUGAAAGCCGUCCACGAUAUAAGCGGAAAUAAAAAGGUCGAGCCUCUGUUUACAUUUUUCCAUCACGAACCCUCGGAACCAUCCGAGGAAGAGAGUGAGGAGGACGAGGAUUUUGAUGCUCCCCCCAGGAAUCACACCGGCGGCAAAUGGAAACCAGAAAAUCGUCCCACAUCGUCCCAGUGGCGCUUAUGGCCCGAUCAGGAAGCCCAACUGCUUGAUAAAUCCACAGAACACGAUGACGAGGAGGAAUAUAAGGGUUAUUCACCCCCUCCAGGACACACCAAGGGUAAGUGGGUGCCUGGCUCGAAAAUUGCGCGUCUCGAGUACAAGACCAGUGCACUUCCAAGCAAAGCGUCCGAUGAUCACUAUUGGUGCAGCAUUUGCAACCGGAAACUCGCAUCCCGAUUCGUCUACGAAAGGCAUCUGAAAUCGAAUCUCCAUUUGAAGCGAGCCCAAGAGGAAACCGAACUGGAACGGGCCGUCAAACCUACCCUCUAUCCCAAUGAAUUGUCCAAAAGAAUGAUCAAACGUAGUCCGUGUCCCGAAGAAGCUUUCUUCAACAGUAAUCUUAGCCCGAAGAAAACUUCAACUCCGUCCCCGAAAAAAUCGAAAAUCUCCCCGAAAAAAUCCAAACGAAAACGCAAAUGCUACUACACCAAAUGUGACAUCUGCAAGACACGUCUACCGAUGCACCUUCUCGGAAAGCACCUGAUCUCCCGGUACCAUUAUCGGAGAAUGUUGAACUACCCGGAGCAAUGUUUCGAUGUAAUCCUGAAAAACAUUCACCGAAUUGUGCUACAAUCCCCCUUCCAAUGUCAACCAUGCAAAUUCUACGCCAACACCGAGGAUCAAUUCAUGGCCCACUGGAACUCGCUGGAUCACGAAAAACGGCUCACUCCAGGGGGAAAAUUUUGGUGUAGCUUCUGCAAAUUCGAAUGCAUCGAAAAUUAUCACAUGACAAACCACCUGCUGGGACAUGACCAUCUGGAAGUGGUCUCCGUUAUCAACCGAUCGGUGCCGAUCAUCAUACGGAAAAUCACGCCAAUUCGGUGCGAGUUUUGUGGUGAUGAAUUUCGCUACAAUGCCGAGCUGAACAGACAUCAGCGGUUUUGCAACGAAGGAACCCCAGAGGAUACCUUGCGGAUCAAGCGAACCUUCCAAAACACCUACAGCUGCGAUCUGUGUGACGCAUCCUUUCACAACAGGAUGCUGCUUCUGCAGCAUGGCCAGAAGUUACAUCGAUUGCCGAAUUACUACUGCUCGAUUUGUGAAGUGUGCUUCAAAACGCCCACCGAAUCGAUUCAGCAUCGGAGAACCACCGCCCACAAGGUCAUGUCGGCGAGAAAACGGCACAAAGUGACCGCUAACUGUAAAAAAUGUCAUAUAUGUAAGGCAGAACUCGCCGAUAUUUUGGAGCUGAAGAAUCACAUUCGGAUGAAGCAUCCGGAAAAUAAAUACAGCUGUCCACAGUGCGGAGAAAAUUUCGUGUUGGCCCAGGAACUUGGCCGACACGUACGUGACAAAAAUUGUACAUUUUUCAAUUUCACCACAUCAUCAUUGCCACCGCCGUCUUCGUCGUGUUCCGCCAUGGCCGACCUCGGAGGCCGGGAGGAAACACCCCCGCCGCCGCCGACGGCAGCAUCCCGGUCGCAUCCUCUGGGCGAAAAUUCAAUUAUCCUAAAUGAUUCAAUUAAAGUAAAUAUGAAUGAUCAUAAAGUAGGAAAGGAGUCACAUCUGUAUUCUUCGACUCCGCCGACAUCGGUGGUGGCCGGCAGCGGUGGCGAAGCUACCCGUGUUCAAACAGUUUUAGGAGCGUCGCUAGCAACAGCGGAAGCAGCAGCAGCAACAGCUACAACUGAUGAGACGGAAGCUGUAGCGCCAUCGAUGCGAACAAUUGUCACGCUGGAGCAAUAUCCCACGAUUCUGCCAACAUCGCGAACAAGAUCGUCAUCUCAAAUUGAGACCCACCGGGCGACAGCCACCCAUUACCAUCAUCCGGUGACGGAGGCGGCAUGGACCCAGCCAAUGAUUACCAGCUCUUCGUCCUCGACAUCAAAUUCCGCUUAUAACGAUAAUAUUAUCGCCAGUGCGUCCACGUCAGCAGAAAUCUUUUUCACCAUGGCUAAUAAUGCGUCCGAAAAUAAUACUGUUUACGUUGAUGAAAUUGUUGGCACCAUCAGUGAGAACAGCUCAGUCGUAUCCUGGCAGUGUAAAAUAUGCCCAUUCAGAACCACCUCCCAGGCUGAAUUCUUGUAUCAUGAAAUUCUGCACUCAUCAAGUGUGGACUCCCGGACCGACAAGACCGCCAAAAUCACCUGUCCGCUGUGUAAGAAACAAUUUUCGAAAGCAUCGCUGCGUUGCCACCUGCGUCAGCAUACGGACGAACGGAUCUUCCCGUGCCAGCUUUGCUCGUUGAGCUUUACCCGGAAGGCAAAUCUUAAGAACCACGUGGAAAACGUUCAUAACCCAAAAAAGCCAGCAAUUGCGCUGGAAGUCGCGGAAGCUGCAACCAAUCCCAAGACUGCUGUUUGUUUGACAUGUGGAAAGGCUUUCACUAACAGCAAAAUCCUCGCUCAGCACGCGAAAGUCCAUCUGGAGCGUAAAUCGAUCAAGGAGUUUUCCUGUCAACACGAGGACUGCUUCUACAUCGGCCGAAGUGCUGCCGAGGUGCGAGCUCAUCUGCACAGCCGCCACUCGGAGGAGCGCAAUUUCGUCUGCACCGAAGAUGGAUGUGACUACAGGGGAAAGACAAUCACUCAGCUGCGUAGACAUUACCAGUGCCACGAGAACGCGGAGAAAAAAUUCAAAUGCAAUCAGUGUGACUUCGCCUCCCGAAUAUCCGGACACUUGAAACGACACCUGCUCGUGCACAGUGGCGGGAAACCUUACCAAUGUCCACACUGCGAAUACAGCUGCAACAAUAUUGAAAAUCUCCGGAAGCACGUCAUAUCCACCUCGAAACACAAGGGGAAGUUUCUAUACGAAUGCAAACACUGUUCUGCCGAAGCCGGAGUGGGUUCCGUAUUCCGAACUAACUUUAGCAAGGACUAUAAGGAUCAUCUGAUGAAACAACACAAAUUGACCUCAGAGGCGGCAAAUGAAGUAUCGCGAAUUUGUUGAAAGUGUUUUCUUGCCGCUGUGUACAUUCUUAUUAUCAACAAAAGUGAGAUUUAUUUUAUGGUGAAUAAAUACGUCACAAACCUUG